AUGAGUGAGAGAGUCCUGAUCCAAAACCCCAUCACGAAGAAGUGGGAUGAAUCCGGCAUUGUCUUGAGCGAAAGAAAACACGGUGGCUCAUACUGGAUCAAAACAGAUAACAAUUGGAGAACGAUUAGGAACCGCCGAUUCCUAAAACCAAUUGCACGGAAAUGCGAAGACAAAACCGAAAACGAACCGACCCAGGAGAAACACGAGACGAGAAUUACGGUAUCGCAAAAUUUAAGAAGGAGUGAUAGAACGAACAGAAAUAAUGUACGAAGGACUCGAUGGAAGAGUGAUAAAGAGCAUACGUGA